AUGAGACGCCAUAUCGAAGAAGUAAACCUCUGUGUAACAAUAACAGACCAUGUCAACGGCGUGCCUGCUAAAGCCACAUUUGAUCCUCCAGCGGUUACUAAGGCAAGAGAUACGGAAGAUAUACAUUCAUCUGAGGCCUCGGAGACAGAAGAAACCAACAAUGACGAAUGGCACCAGUUUGCUAUGUCGGAGACGCCAAUGACAUUCCCAUCUUUCGGAAACACUGAAGAGUGUCUUGCUCUUCAACUUCCGCACCAGUAG